AAUCGGUCGCCUUCAAUAAUUUAUUUGGAACUAUUCUGAUUAUCAUCUGUUUAUAACGGAUGCCAUUCAGAAAUCUCUGUCCACCCUACCUUACCAGUCCAACUUAACACCCACCAUGUCCGAUCCAGUCAAGGACGCGUUCAUGGACGCCCAGAUCUUCGAAGACCUGCAGACCUCCAUUGAUGCGGACGCCAAAGUGCGUGAACAGAUCAAGACCAUCCUCCAGAAGCUUGAGAGACAGGGCCGCUCUGUCCACUCCAUCCUCUCUCGCGCCCAUUCAACUCCUCCAGCUCAGCUGCAACCAGUGAUCGAAGCCGCUGAGGCAGCCAUCAGGAGUGAAGUUGAAAGCGUGAGGGAGCUAUCUGAGGUGGCCAGUAAAUUCCCGUACUACAAGUAUAAUGGCAUGUGGACGAAGGAUAUUCAGAAUGUUAUCUUUGCAAUACUCCUGUGUGGAUGGUUGGGUGGCAUGGCGACCAAAUCCAAACCGGCCGAAGCAGGCAGGCUCCUCACAAUCGAUGAAGUAGGCGACGUUCUCGGUGUCCCCGUAAACCUCAAGGUCGACGACUCCUUCCAUAUCACCAUUGAGGAGUACCUCCACUCCCUUAUCAGCUUGAUUGAGGAGCUCGCGCGCCUUGCGACCAACUCCGUCACGCUGGGCGACUUCGCACGCCCGCUUGCGAUCAGCAAGUUUGUCAAAGACUUGUUUGCCGGCUUCCAGCUGCUGAAUCUCAAGAAUGACUCUCUGAGGCGGAGGAGUGAUAGCAUUAAAUAUCAGGUCAAGAAGAUUGAGGAUGUGGUAUAUGAUCUGUCCUUGAGGGGCCUGGUGCCAAAGGCUUGAGAUAGCUAAAAAUAGCUAGAUGAGACUGGCUGAUGAAACUAUAUAAAUAAUGCCCAAAAUAUGAGAUUUAGAAUGGUUGAAAUGCGAAAUGUGGUGAG